UCCGCUCACGGAUUCCAGACGGAGAGAGAUUCUGUACGGGUAAUGGCUGUAUGAGAGCAUUGGAGUGGGAGCAGCUCAGCCCCAGCCACCGGUGUCCCAGGCAUGGCCACCGAGGAACAGGAGAAGCCAGUGCCCAAUUCUGGUGCGAUCUUUACAUUUGGAAAAAGUAAAUUUGAUGAGAACUGCCCCAGCAAGUUUUGGUUGAAGAACGACAAGCCUGCAAACAUAUCAUGUGGAGAUGAGCACUCAGUUUUGAUGACAGGAAAUGGCAAGCUGUAUGUGUUUGGCAGCAACAUCUAUGGACAGCUGGGUAUCGGCUCUGGAAAUGUCAUCAGCGUACCAACAUGUGUCAAAGCCCUGUCUGCGGAAAAUGAAAAUGUACGCUCGUGUGUUUUAUCUUUUGUAGUACAAGGAAAGGUUUACUCUUCUGGCUGGAACAGUGAAGGACAGCUGGGACUUGGUGACACUACAGAAAGGUCGAGCUUUCAUGAAAUCUCCUUCUUCAGCUCUCAGCAUAAAAUCAAACAGCUGUCGGCCGGAUCCAAUACAUCGGCUGCCUUGACUGCGGAUGGGAAGCUUUUCAUGUGGGGAGAAAAUUUAGAAGGGCAGCUUGGCCUCGGUGAAGAAAAAACAGUUUGCAGCCCUCACCAGGUGGAUAUUGGAAAGCCGGUUUCUUGGGUCUCCUGCGGCUAUUACCACUCGGCAUUCGUUACACAGGAUGGGGAUUUGUAUACUUUCGGGGAACCUGAAAAUGGGAAGCUCGGUCUGCCUGCUGAGAAGCUGGACAAACACCGACAACCUCAACGCGUUCCUGGAAUAUCUGGAAAGGUGAAGAUGGUUUGCUGUGGUGGAGGGCACACCAUUGCAGUCACAGACAAAGAAGUCUAUACAUUUGGACUUGGUCAGUUUGGACAACUAGGACAUGGCACUUUUAUUUUUGAAACGCCUACACCCAAAGUUGUCGAGGCUUUGAAGCCACAUAGAGUUCGAUAUGCUGCUUGUGGGGAAAACCACACUGCAGUAAUUACAGAUAAGGGUCUUCUUUAUUCUUUUGGUGAUGGACGAUAUGGCAAGCUUGGAUUAGGAGAAGAGAAUUUCACAAAUCAGUUUUCACCUACAUUGUGUAUGAAUUUUCUGAAGUUCAGCGUCCAGUCGGUGGCAUGUGGUGGUUGUCAUAUGCUUGUCUUUGCUACACCAAGACCUAAAGAAUCUGAAACUGUCAUUGUUGAUGAGAUAAAAGAAAAUUAUUUAAUGGUAAAUGGAGAAGGGGACAGAUCCACAACAUUGCAGAGAUGUCCCUCUGCACGGGUUAGGCGAAGAGAAAAGAAACAGACACCUGAUCAGAUCCGUGAUUUGACUCGUACAUUACCACCGUUAAAGGGCAAUUUCCUGGAAUCAUCCUUGCCUGUUCCUAGCAAAACUGUUCCACCAGGUCUUCUCAAAGUAAGGCAAGCCAGUACUGAAUCAAGUGCCAACAGCUCAUCAGCAGUGUCGAAGUCUGAUGAAAAAGGUCAGAAGGACUUGGUGAAAAGUUUUUCUGCAGGCGAUGACUCUGAUAAUGUGAGCCGACAAAGUUUUGGGGAUGCAUCGGAUAUUUUGAACAUGACCCAUGCUAUAAGCACAACACACGGUGGUGGUACUUUUUCUCCAGUUCAGAAAAAAAAGAAGAACAUAAAAAAUGUGCAACUGAAAUCUGAUGGUAAGGUCAAGACGAAGGAGGGUAGCAGAUCUCUUUCAUCACUGCCUUUGCAGAACAAGUCAAUCAGUUCCAACAGUGAGGAAUCUGAAAUUACUAGUGCAGAGGCACAAGCACAGACUUUUAAAAAAAGUAUCCAAGAUAAAUUUCGAAAAGCCUCAGAAGCUGGCAAAUCAAAGUAUGUUGCCAGUCAAGAGCAGUUAAGUUCAUUGGAAAAAGAUAGUUUAGAGAAGGAAGCCAAUGUAAGCCUUUCUGAGAUCCAAAGGAAAAUGAAGAAGCAAAAAUCAAAGAAUAGUAUGGAAGAUAUGACAAAGAGUAAGGCUGGUGCUACAUCAUUUGUAGCUAGUGAAUCAGAUAGCAUAGCAAAAUUUAAAAAAAAGCAUUAUGAUAAGACCCCCAGAAUCAUCCGUGUCCAAAGCCAUGAAAGCAUUAGUGGGCAGCAAAUGGUUGGUAGUAGAAAUGGGUACAACUUUGUUAGUAAAGCUGAGAAUACUUCAUCUUCUACUUCAAGCUCAGACAAUUUGACACAUCAGAAAUUUAGAACGGAUGUUACUUUUAUAAAAGAUAUUUCAAGCCAUCAUAGUGGAAGUGAAACGCUAUUGAAUGGUAAAAAAUCUAAGGCUGACAGAGUAGAGUGUUUUAAGACAGAAGAGCAUAGUGGUAGUAGCACUAAGAAGUCAAAAGAACAUGGAAAACCUACAUACUUUAGCAAGAAAAAAGAAGGUAAAAUACUUAUUGUUAAGCAAAAAGAAAGUGUAAUAGAUUCUGUCUGGCAAAAUAACAAGAUGACAGGAUCAAGCGAGAAGGAAGAAGACAGUGAAAGUGGGGAUACAGUAAGCUGUAGAGAAAAGAAAAAUAAAGAAAUGGGUCAGACUGAAGAGGAUGUCAGUGAAGAAGAUGAAACAAAUUUAGAAAAAGAGGAAGGUGACGCUCCUGUAGUGGAAGUAGCAGAAGAGGUGGAAGAUGGGGAAGAAGAAAGAGUGGAUAAAGGGAAGGGGAAAGAGGAAGUAGAAGACACAGAUGAAGCAGAAGAGGAUGCAGGUAUUGAUGAAGUUGGAAAAGAUGAAGACGCCGACGAGUUGGAAGAUGAUAAUGAAGAAGAAGAAGAAGCAGAAGAAGCAGAGGAGGGGAAAAAUGCAGUAGUGGAAAAGGAGGAAAAUUCAGAAAAAGUAGAAGGGGACGAUGAGGAGACUGAAGAAGGGGAAGAUGAGGAGGAGACUGAAGAAGGGGAAGAUGAGGAGGAAGCUGAGGCAGAAGGGGAAGGUGAGGAAGGGGAAGAUGAGGAAGCAGAAGAAGGGGAAGAUGAGGAAGCAGAAGAAGGGGAAGAUGAGGAAGCAGAAGAAGGGCAAGAUGAGGAGGAAGGGGAAGAUGAGCAGGAGGAGGAAGCAGAAAGUGAAGAACACGAGAAGGGAGAGGGGGAUGGCAAUGAAGAGGAGGAGGAUGGAGAGGAGGAAGAAGAGGAGGAGGGAGAGGAAGAAGAGGAGGAGGGAGAGGAAGAAGAGGAGGAGGGAGAGGAAGAAGAGGAGGAGGGAGAGGAAGAAGAGGAGGAGGGAGAGGAAGAGGAGGAGGAGGGAGAGGAAGAGGAGGAGGAGGGAGAGGAAGAGGAGGAGGAGGGAGAGGAAGAAGAGGAGGAGGAGGAGGGAGAGGAGGAGGAGGAGGAGGGAGAGGAAGAAGAAGAGGAGGAGGAGGAGGGAGAAGAAGAAGAAGAGGAGGAGGAGGGAGAGGAAGAAGAGGAGGAGGAGGGAGAAGAAGAAGAGGAGGAGGAGGGAGAGGAAGAAGAGGAGGAGGGAGAGGAAGAGGAGGAGGAGGGAGAAGAUGAUAAUGCAAAAAAAGACGAAGACAAAAAAUCUGAAAAAGUAAAAAGGGAGGGGAUGGAAAAGAAGGCUAAUGAGAAAAUAAAUCAAUCCGGCAAAUCUGCUAAACGAACCGAGAAGCAAAAUAAAAAUGUAAAAAAUAUUAAGAAACAUGAACUUAAGGAAUAUGAAUCUACAAAAUCUGAAAAGAGUGCAAAACUAAAGAAUCUGGACUCUUCCACCCAUUUUUGGGACAGUAUUUUACCAGAAUAUUUGACACUAAAGUAA